GAUUUCAUGCAGUUCUUGUCGCUCAAAUAAUUAAUCUCUAAGUAACAGAUCUGUUUUGGAGGGCUAUCAGCUCAAAAUGGAGCUCUUUGGAUUCCAAACUGCAAAUUAAGGUUAAGUCCAACCCAACCAUCUGGCUAAACUCAACACUGGGAACUAUCUAGCAACACAGGCAUAGAACACGAGGCCACACCCAUCACACUCUGUGGUGUGUCUGCAAGGGCGGUGCAAGAAAACAAUUUCACAGCCUGAGGAAAAGACGUGGCUGAGUUUGCUCACAGCGUGGAUAACAGCAGUGGUCCUGUUUUUCUCCUUACCUUGCUCCUGCUGCAGAACACGAGCAGCCCCAAAGCCUCCACCCCUCCUGCUGGCUACGAGAUGGCAGAACCUCCACCACCAGGAGCCGGCUCCAGCAUGAACCACUCUCUGGUAGAAUAUGGGCUGAGGUCGGGGGAAAUCGCAGCUGCCACCGUGGUUUGGGGAGCUCUGUGGCUGAUCUCUGUCCUGGGAAACUUCCUUGUCUGCUUAGUGAUCCACAGGAGCAGGAGGACACAGUCCACCACCAACUACUUUGUGGUGUCCAUGGCCUGUGCAGACCUCGUGAGCAGCAUGGGGAGCGCGCCCUUCUUGCUGCUGCAGCUGAGCUCUGGGCAGUGGAUGCUGGGCAGCAGGGUGUGCCAGCUGGUCAGAUACAUCCAGUACCUCACACCUGGAGUCCAGAUCUAUGUGCUCCUCGCCAUCAGCGUGGAUCGAUUCUACACCAUUGUCUACCCCCUGAGCUUCAAAGUGUCCAGGGGGAAAGCCAAAAAAAUGAUUUUGACCUCUUGGCUCUGUGGUGCUGUGUUUGCAUCACCAGCCUGUUUUCUCUAUGGCUCCAACAGUGACCACCACUGCAACUUUUUUCUUCCCAGUUCUUGGCAAGGAUCUGCCUACAGUAUCAUCCACCUCCUCUUGGUGUUUUUGAUCCCGUCCCUCCUCAUUAGCCUUUUUUACCAGAAAGUCAUUAAGUACAUUUGGAGAAUAGGCACGGAUGGAAUGACUGUCAGGAGAACAACAAAUAUUGUUCCAAGAACAAAAGUAAAAACCAUCAAGAUGUUCUUAAUGUUAAACUCAAUGUUUCUGCUGUCUUGGCUGCCUUUCUUCACAGUACAGUUGUGGCACCCACAGGAAACAGACUACAGAAAGAGCUCCUUGCUUUUCCUGACCAUCACCUGGAUCUCCUUCAGUUCCUCAGCCUCUAAACCAACCCUCUACUCAAUCUAUAAUGCAAACUUCAGAAGAGGGAUGAAAGAAACUUUUUGCAUGUCUGCCAUGAAAUGCUACAGAAGCAAUGCAUACACCAUCACCACCAGUUCUAGGAUAGCAAAAAAAAAUCAUGUUGGUAUUGCAGAUAUUCCAGCUACAACCAAAAGUGUCACCAAAGACUCCACCUAUGAUGCUUUUAACAGAGAAGACAAGGAAAGAAAGCUUGCCUGGCCUAUUCCAUCCAAUCCCCCAAAUACAUUUGUCUAGUGGGCUUUGUUUUGAAAAGUUACUCCAUACCCCCAGAAGAAGGAAUUUUCUCUCCUUUUGAACAAAUGUAUAGCUACAUAUUUUUAACCCAGCUUUUAGGGGGGGGUGUGGGGGGUG